GUGUGAGAGGAAGAGAGAAACACAGCCAGAGAAGAAGAGUUGUGUGUCUAUAGUUAGUUAAAAUGCCUCUUGUUUGCCUUUACAGGACCAGGACGAAUACAGAUGGAUAUUUAUUUAUUUUUUCGCGUGAAGACACUAUGACCGCAUGCAACCUCAAGGAGUUUGAAGAUGGACGAUGAAUGGGAAGAGGAGGAGCAGCUUGUUGUGGUGGAGGUCUCUGGUAUAAUCAACAGUGAGUCCCUGUCUCGGAGCACUUGCAAGAUUUUGGAUGUUGACAGUGAGAGGCCCAUGAUGCAAAUUGGACAGUAUGUGUUUGCAGGGGAAUAUGAAGACACUUUGGGAACUUGUGUGCUGUUCGAGGAGACACAACGAAAGGGAAAAGCCAACAGUGGUACAGACUUGAAAUACAUGUGCCACACUGCGAAGAAACUGAAAAUGCAGCGAAUCUUUCUCACUGACAAGAAAGAGGGAGAAACAAGUGCAGAGAGUGAAGUUGUUGGAGAAGAAAGAAACACAUCCUGUGAGCUCAUUGAAGAAGAAAACGAUAACCAGCAGACAGAAGAAGAAAUGGGCCACAGCAACACAGAUUUGGAAGACUCUGCAGUAGGCUGAAAUAUGGAGUCUUUGUUAUAUUACUAACUCCCCAGAUGACGAGUCUUCGAUUUCCUGCACUUGUGUGACUGUCAAGGACGCUCAGAAACAGACAGUUCAAAAACAGUAGGAUUAAUGUUUACAAAAAGAGGUUGCACUUUUACAAUAAAAAACAUUCUGUGAAGUGCUGGACUAAACCGAAGUGUAUUACGAAAAAAAUUAAAAUGGUUGCACAUCUCAAAUUGUAAAACACACGUUAAAAUCCUCAACCAUUUCACUUUGGUUGACAUCAAACAAAGUGCCUCCUUAGAGCUCAAUGCUUUGAGGAAGGUCUGGUGACUUUUUUCUUCUUUUUUUUUUUUUUACAUCAAAUCUCAGAAAACAGAAGGCUGUUGAACAUUUUGCCAUUUGAGGAUUGCUACAGUUGGAUUUAUAUGCAGCAGUAAUAAGGAUAAGUGUCUGUUUCACUUUUAGCUUUGUACCAUGCCAAUUCUUUUCCAGACAUGUUUCAGAAUCAAUAUAUUAAAUAUUUAGCACAAACGUAGUUAAAUUACACUUUGAGCAAAAACUGCAAUUUAUGAAUAUGUAAAUCCCUUCCUUUCAUAUUCACGUUGGUGGGCAGUUGAUAUGAAGUGGGAUCCCUCAGCUUAGCAGGAGUCCUAUCAUUUUGUUUCUCCUGAUCUGUUUCUGUUUCUGGUGAUCAUGACAUACAUCCUCCAGCAGAGGGAGGAAGAUGUACGUAAAGCAGACCAGACAUUGCAUUAAUAACAUUCUUCCUGUGAAAUCUGUUCACAACUGUCCCUCUUAAAGUACAGGCUGGGUUUUUUUAGCGAUUCCAUUUGUGAACAUAUUUGGAGGUCGUCUUUGUUGCAUUUGUCAACAUUUCUUUGGUAAUGUCAACAAACAAUUAGGUGCAAAGUCCUCUUCACUUCAAAUAAGUGAAAAGUGUAUGUCCCUUGGCUUUUAAUUAAAUUAAAAAAAAGACCCCAAUAUUUCUGAUUUAUUUGAUUAUGAGUUAUGAAAUAGUUUGAUUAGUGUUUCAUUGCUGUCAAAGAUAUAUGCUUUCAUGGAGUUGAUCUUAUCUUGUUUUUUUAUUUAUUAAUACAUUUCAUUUUGUGGAUUUUGUAUUUCACUUCAAAGGUCUGUCAACCAGGUUUUCUUUAAGAAUUCAAAUCAAAUCAAGCUUUAUUGUCAUUUUGACAUGCAUACAAGUGUAAUUCAGACAGCAUGAAAUUGCGGUUUUCUCAGGGAUCUGUGCAGACUGCAAAAAUAGGUUCUUCUCUCGAAUCAGCGGUUCAGCAGACUAGCAGCUUGUGGUAGAAAACUGUUCCUCAGUCAGUUCUGUAUGUAUAUUUCGUUACUAAACAGCGGCAUUUAUUUGUGCUCGUCUUUUUUCAUUAAAAACACUUUAU